AGUCGCAGCGCCCGUCCCCCCGCCUCCCUUUCCCACCGAGCGAAGCCGAGCCGCUGCUGGAGAGACGCACACAGCGGAGUUGGUCCCGUCUCUGCCCCUUAGCGAGCAAACCCCGCAGAAAGGCCGCUGCGGGAAGAUGGCGACGGACAAACAGAAACAUGAAGGAAGAGUUAAAAUAGGACAUUACAUUCUUGGAGACACCCUCGGAGUGGGGACGUUUGGAAAGGUUAAAGUGGGCCAGCAUGAACUCACCAAGCAUCAAGUGGCGGUGAAGAUUCUGAACCGGCAGAAGAUUCGCAGCUUGGACGUGGUGGGAAAGAUUCGCCGGGAGAUCCAGAACCUCAAACUUUUCAGGCACCCUCACAUAAUUAAACUGUAUCAGGUCAUCAGCACCCCUACAGAUAUCUUUAUGGUGAUGGAGUACGUCUCAGGGGGCGAACUCUUCGAUUACAUCUGCAAAAAUGGAAAGUUGGAUGAAAAAGAGAGCCGUCGGCUGUUCCAGCAGAUAAUCUCAGCCGUGGAUUACUGCCACAGACACAUGGUGGUUCACAGAGAUCUCAAGCCGGAAAAUGUGCUGCUGGAUGCACACAUGAAUGCUAAGAUUGCAGAUUUUGGUUUAUCAAACAUGAUGUCAGACGGAGAGUUCCUCAGGACAAGCUGUGGCUCUCCGAACUAUGCUGCUCCUGAGGUCAUCUCAGGAAGGUUAUAUGCAGGUCCAGAGGUGGACAUAUGGAGUAGCGGUGUCAUUCUCUAUGCCUUGUUGUGUGGGACGCUCCCCUUUGACGACGACCACGUGCCAACUCUCUUCAAAAAGAUUUGCGACGGCAUCUUUUUCACCCCGCAGUAUCUGAACCCCUCAGUCGUAAGCCUUCUCAAACACAUGCUGCAGGUGGAUCCCAUGAAAAGAGCCACCAUCAAAGAGAUCCGGGAGGACGAUUGGUUUAAACAAGAUCUACCCAAGUAUCUGUUCCCUGAGGACCCCUCCUACAGCAACAACAUGAUAGACGACGAGGCCCUGAAGGAGGUUUGUGAGAAGUUCGAGUGCACGGAGGAGGAGGUUCUGUCCUGCUUGUACAGCCGCAACCAUCAGGAUCCAUUAGCUGUGGCUUACCACCUCAUCAUUGACAAUCGCCGCAUCAUGAACGAAGCCAAGGAUUUCUACUUGGCGUCCAGCCCUCCCGACUCCUUCCUGGACGACCAGCACCUGACUUCCUCCGCCGCGGCCGUGGCUGGCGUUAUAAAGCCCCACCCCGAGCGGGUACCCUUCCUCGUGGCGGAAACUCCGCCCAGGCCCCGCCACACCCUGGACGAACUGAACCCGCAGAAGUCCAAGCACCAGGGCGUCCGGAGAGCCAAGUGGCACCUCGGCAUCCGGAGUCAGAGCCGACCCAAUGACAUCAUGUCCGAAGUGUGCCGUGCCAUGAAACAGCUGGAUUAUGAGUGGAAGGUCGUGAACCCAUAUUACCUGCGUGUGAGAAGGAAGAACCCCGUCACCGGCAUGCUAACCAAGAUGAGUCUUCAACUCUACCAAGUGGACAGUAGAACCUACCUCCUCGACUUCCGUAGCAUAGACGAUGACAUUUUGGAGACAAAGUCUGGGACUGCGACCCCUCUCCGCUCCGGAUCUGUGGGCAACCACCGCAACACUACAAAGAACGAUGUAGAAGGAACAGACGUUCCAGCAACCUCUGCCGCCGCGCUACCACCCAAGACCGCCGAGGGCUCCUUAGCUUCAUCCCUGACCUCCUCCAUCGACUCGAUGGCGGGGGACAGCAUGUCUGUCCCCCGACCGGGAAGCCACACCAUCGAAUUCUUUGAGAUGUGCGCAAAUCUUAUUAAACUACUUGCACGAUAGCUUGCAGAACAAUCAUAGCUAGCCUUUUCUCCUCUCUGAGUGUCUUUAUAGCAAUAAGCAUGCAGCCGAUUCCAGGCUCAGCUCAUCCUGGCUGAGGAUGAGGUGACUCCUCCAAAGGCACCGAUGCAGGUUCCCUAAGCUUGAAGGGAUGUAGGCGGAGUUUGUCUGAAAGGGGAAAGAAUAACAAGAUACUAAACUGCAUAGGACACAAAAACACCAAUUAUCCAAGGGUUUUACAGUUUUUGGAUCAAUUCAGAACCAGACGUCCACAUCCCAUCUAUAAAAACAUGCAGAAGUGAUUACACUGAACGUUGUGUACUGUAGCCAGGAGCCCCGUUUCUCAGCGCAGAGAGCAAGAUCACACAUUUGCCUGCAAAGAAAGAAGGUCAGAGGUGAGGGGUUGAGUGGCAGUCAAAAGGAUGCAGGAAGCACUUUUGCACAAGUUUCUUUUCUUACUUGCUGCUCAUGUUUAUUUUUCCUCUCAGUGGGUCUCAGAAAUGGUGCAGGUGUACCGGGGCGCCGCUUUUGGACGGCGCCCGCCAUUUUCAUCGAACUCUGAAGAAGUGCAGUGUAUUUCUGCUGCGUGUCAGGGACAAAAAAAAAGAAUGCUUCAUCGUUUUUAUGUUUUUUUUUUUUUUCUUUUGUCGAUCUUAAAUGUCAACAACUAAAUGUUCAUGUUUUGUCGUUGUUGUAGACAUUUGAAUUUCUCUGUCCCCCACAUUUUUAUAUAUAAAUGAAUAUAUUUAUCAAUGCAUUAGGUGGAUGGAGUAUUGGUUCUAAAAAAGAUUUAAUUUUUUUUCUUUCUUGUAUUAUAAGCUCUAUUGCUGGAUGGUAUAUAUAUAUUUACCUUUUUUUUCUACUGUUUUUAGUCAAUUUACAAUUUUGUUUUUCCUCAAUCACAACUAUUGUGACACUUGAUUGUCUUUCCGGAGAAUUAUAGUUUAUUUUCGAGUCCGAAUCUAGACAUACAUCUUUUUUGUUUGGGGUCAGUCACUCAAAAGGACCAGUUCAUUUCUAUCUUUUUUGGUCAUUCCUAAAUAUCAUCAGAAUACAGUGACUGAGUCGAAUGCCUUUUGCUUACUUCACAAAUGCCAAUCUGUCCCCCGAAAGCCUCAUUGGGGUUUUUUUUUUAUUUUUUAUAUUUUUUAUUUUAAGCGAUCAGAGUUCAGGCAGGAACAUACAUCCAUGUCGUUUCCGCCUUCGUUUGUUCCGAGUGUUCACACAUUCCUUUGAAGGCUGACCUUAAUUAAAGAUUUACCCAUGAAGUUGACCCAUAAGUUUGGCAUUGUCAGGUGCUGUUGAAACGAUGGAAGGAAACCACACAAAAACCCUGAGCUCUGAUUCUUAUUUAGCUCUAAAUCUUGGUUUGCUUUUAUUCUUUUUCAUUCCGUUUUCCAUCUUCAGUCUUAAAGGUUUAAGUGAUGUCCGGCUGCCUUAUCAUUAUAAAUACUGUUUUAUCACUUUGCAGUUUUAAGUCCUCGACUUUUUUCUUGUUGGUGUAACGUAAGAAGAAGCCAUGUUAGGAAUUGAUUUUUUUUUUUUUAUUUUGGGUUAAAGCAUUUGGCAUUUACAGGAAAAAAGAGGGACUGCAAUUAAAGAAACACAUUGCCAAACUAUGGAUGACAACUGCAACGGCAAUAGAAACACCAAAGCCAAUUGACAGUAUAAGUUAAAUGUGUUUUAAAUUUAGUCUCAUGAACCUGGUUUUAAAAAAAAAAAAACAACAACUUUGCACAGUCUUGUUAAAAAUCAGACAAAUGAAGUUUGAUCUUUUUAUUAAGAAGUGUCAGCAUUUAAAGUUUACAGUGUUUCGGACUCCACAAGGAUUAAAAGAUUAUUUUGCAGAGGUUUCAUUCAAUUAAAACUAGCUUAGAGUGGCUGCAUUUGUAAUCACUUCUCUUGUGUCUUGCACAGAGGUGUGGACUGAAGUCUUUAGUUAAUAUUUAAUCUUUUAUGUCGAAAUCAUAUAAAUUACAUUAAACUAAAAAGACUGUUUUGGAAAGAUGAAAAACUUAACAUUCAUAUUGGUUUAGAAGGGCAGAUAUGAGCUCAUUGGUAAAUUGUUUCUUGGAGUAUGUGGUGUUUAUUUUAUUUUUUAAGAGAGAUGAAUGUGUGCAAAAAAAUGUUUUUUCUUUUUCUUUUUGCAAGUUUAUGGAAAAGUGCCCUGAUAGACUUUUCAGUUUAGUCUAUUCUUGAACUGCUUUAAAGAAAUCUUGUUUUAUUUUUUUGUUUGUUGUGAAAGCAGAUCAUACCAGAUUGAUCAGUGUAAAUUUGAAUGAAUAGUGUUGAAUCAUUUGUAUACACAACUGCCUAAUAAACUGCUGAACUGCA